CGAGCGGGGGCUGCGGGGAGGCCACCGCGACAUCCUGCACGCAGGUCGCCCGCCGGGGAGCGAAGACGAGCGCGCCUCACGCGGCGCGGCCCCGAGCUUCGGGCCGACCUCGGCGGGGCGGCUGCGCGCCCUCAGUGCGACGGGCCUCCGCGACAGCCUCUGGCGGCCUCCGACGGCCAGGGGCCCGGCGGGUCUGAGCCGUUCGCCGCAGUGUCUUUCGGCCCAGGCGGACGGAGAGCACCCGGCCCAGUGUGGUCCCAGCGGGGUGUCGCCCUAGGUCAGCUCGAUCGGACGGGCGAUGCUGCUGAUGCAGCUCCCGAUCCAGGUGGUCGCCGUGCCCGCCGCCCUGGCGCCACAGCAGGGCGCCGCCCCCGUGGAGCCCUGGAGCCUCGGCGGGGGCCUCGCCCCCGGCGCCGCGGUUGCGCCGCCGCCGCCGGCCGUGGCCGGCACGGCCUCGAGGGGCUCGAAGAACCACUUCAAGGGCCAGUGCCGCCCGUGCCGCUUCCACGAGGCCCCCGAGAAGUGCCCCCGCGGCGAGGACUGCAACUUCUGCCACUUCCCCCACGGCGAGGAGAAGUUCGCCCAGAUGGAGGCCUUCAGCGGCAGGGCCAAGGGGCGCCGGCCGCGCAAGGGUGCGGGGCCGAGGGAGGGCCAGCCUGGCCAGCGGCUCUCCCUGUUCGACCACCUGGACCUCGUGGGCUCCUGGAGCGGCUGGCAGCAGCCCGGCGGCAGCAGCAGCAGCAGCAGCAUCUGCUCCUGGAGCUCGCAGAGCGAGCUCGCCGAGGCGCCCGUGCGCGGAGCCGCGUGGCCGGACUUCAGCGCCGAGGGCAGGCAGCGGCUCGAGGCGAUCCUCCUGAGCGCGCAGCCCAGGCACUACUACGACUGAGCGGGGGCCUGGCCGGGGGCCGCUGGCGAGGGCGAGGGCCGACGGCCUGGGGG